AUGCCCAACGACGACGCAUACAGCAAGCCUUCGCCACCGUCGGAAGCCCCGCACGCCCCUGGGGCACCACCGCAGGGCAAGGCCGGGGGCUUCGGCAAAGCGGCCGGGGGCUUCGGCAAAGCGGCCGGGGCGCUGCUCGGGACCACGGGCGGCGCGGGCGCCGGGGGCAGCGGCGGCUUUGGCGGCUCAGGCUCGGGGGCGUCGGGCAUGGGCGCCGCCGCGAGCAAGAAGUCCCCGCGGCUGCCCAAGUGCGCGCGGUGCAGGAACCACGGCUACGCGUCGCCGCUCAAGGGCCACAAACGCUUCUGCAUGUGGCGGGACUGCCAGUGCAAGAAAUGCAACCUGAUCGCAGAGAGACAGCGCGUGAUGGCCGCGCAGGUGGCCCUGAGACGGCAGCAGGCCCAAGAGGAGGAAUUGGGCAUCAGCCACCCCAUCCCGCUGCCCAGCGCGGCUGAGCUACUCGUCAAGAGGGAGAACGACAGCAGCACCCCAUGCCUGAUGACUGAGGGCAGCAGCACCUUGCAGCCCCCGCCGGCCAGCACCCCGACCACGGCAGCGCCAGGUAACCCUGGCCGGGUGGUCAUCCAGGAUAUUCCUGCUGUCACCAGCAGAGGGCACGUGGAGAACACACCUGACCUCGUUUCCGACUCCACCUACUACAGCAGCUUUUACCAGCCGUCUCUGUUCCCUUACUACAACAAUCUGUACAACUACCCGCAGUACUCCAUGGCCUUAGCCACUGACUCCCCUUCCGGGGACAUGGGAAGCCCUCUCGGGGGCUCCCCUGUGAAGAACAGCCUUCGGAGCCUCCCAGCCCCUUAUGUGCCUGGUCAGACAGGAAACCAGUGGCAGAUGAAAAACUCGGAGAGCCGCCACGCAGUGAGUUCCCAGUACAGGAUGCAUUCUUACUACCCGCCUCCCUCCUACCUGGGCCAGAGCGUGUCCCAGAUCUUCACCUUUGAGGACGGCCCCUCUUACUCGGAAGCCAAAGCGAGUGUAUUCUCGCCACCCAGCAAUCAAGAUUCUGGCUUGGUUUCCCUCUCCAGCAGCUCUCCUAUUAGUAACGAGAGCUCAAAGGGAGUGCUCGAAUGUGAGUCUGCCUCGGAGCCCAGCAGCUUUGCGGUCACUCCUGUCAUCGAGGACGACGAAUAAUCGGGCACCCCGAUGCCUUUGGCCAUUCACCUGGAGUGGCAGGUUUAUUCCGUUUAUACACAGGGUUUGUUGUUAACAUUUUGCCUUGACU